GAGUCAUCACUCAUAAUAUAAACGAUCUUUGUAAAGCAGCACCACGGACAUAAACAUGGCAGACAGUGCAGCUAAACGUGAAGUGGAAAAUGAUUCUGAUGAAUUAUCCGGAAAAAACAAGAGGGUGAAAGUUGACAAAGAGAAUGGUGGAGAAUCUAAACAAGAGUCUGAACCGGGAAACGUGUUGUCUGGUUUUCAGCUCAGCGCCGUGUUGAGUGAUUCUGCCCGCGAGAAGAACAUUUUCAUUCAUGGGAAGCUUGCUGAUCAGGAGGCUGUGGUCAUCCUAGAGAAAACUCCCAUCAGGGAAGAGUGUCUGGCCGAGAUCUUUAGUGGCUCCAGACUCACGCUGGAGAUGAAGAAUGACAUAUACAGCACAUAUCGACUCCAAGCGCCUCUUCAUCUUAAUGAGAUUAAGACUACAGUGGUGUGUCCUGCCACGGAGAAGCAUGUGAAGAAAUACCUGCGUCAGGAAAGUUUCCUGGUGGAGGAGACGUUUGAGGACUAUCAGUCCAUCACCUUGCCAUAUAUUCAGGAGCAGAGCUUCAGUGUGCAGUGGGUGUACAACAUCCUGGAGAAGAAGGCAGAAGCUGAGAGAAUAGUCUUUGAAGAUCCAGACCCUGAUGUUGGCUUUGUCCUUCUCCCUGACUUCAAAUGGGAUCAAAAACAGGUAGAAGAUCUGUAUCUGAUUGCCUUAGUAAAUAAAAGAGGCAUCAGUUGUCUCAGAGACCUGACGUCAGAUCACCUAGAAAUGCUGCAGAACAUCUUUCACAAAGGAAAGGAGGCGAUCCUGCAGCGCUACAACCUUCCAGCCAGCAAGCUAAGAAUCUACCUUCACUACCAGCCGUCCUACUACCACCUACACGUUCACUUCACCAAGUUGGGCUACGAUGCGCCAGGCUGCGGUGUGGAGCGAGCCCACCUUCUGGCAGACGUCAUCCAGAACCUGCAGUCUGACCCGGAGUACUACAAAACCCGCACCCUGUACUUCCCCCUGAGGGCAGACAACGGGCUGCUCGGAAAGUUCAAGGAGGCAGGGAGACUGUAACAGCCUUUACACACAAAAAAAGUAUUAUUUACAUUUUACUUACAGUAGUUUUAAGACAUUCAAAUCAAUCAUCAUUUGUUAUGGUUGUUGUUUUUUUUAUAAAUGUUAAAUUCAAGAACAAAAUGUUGUUAGUAUUUCAAACAUCAGCUGAUUAAUAAUGUCCAACAUUUGAUGCAAAUUUGUGUAAAAAAGAAGUACAACUUUUGAGUUUGACUUCUCUUUAAGGUGUUUUUAUAAUCCUUCCAAAUGUUUCUAACUGCAUUUAGGACUUUGUUUCCUAUUGACUGUGAAGUUGCUUUGCAUGCUUGGUUUAAUUUUCACAUUUCAGACUGAACAUGAGUAGAAUCUGCCAAGACUGUCCAUGCACCAUUUGAAUUAUUUAUUGUUGUAAGGGUGCUGGGGUUACAUCCUGGACAGGAUCCUAGUAUAUCACAGGGCUACAUACUGUAAGAACACAGACAGACACUCAGACAUAAAAAUGCAUACAACUCACUUAUGGGUAAUUUAGAACCUCAAAUUAACAUGAUAUGCAUUUAAAGAUGGGGUACAUACUACUAAUCACUACAUCACCGUUCUGUCCUGAGGAAAGUCAUUUUUAAUGUAAAGCUACAUUGAAAUAGAGGUAAUUGACAGUGGUCAGUUACAUCAGCUGCCACAGUAGAUGGCAGUGUUUAUCAUACAAAGAUCCGCAAACUUCCAUCGUUAUAUAGUCUGGGAUUCUUUCUUAUUUUUACAAACUAAUUACACACUGUAAAUGAAAGGUAUGUUUUUAAGGUCCUUUUUAUUAAAAUCUCAAUUAACCUGC